CUUUGUUAGACAUCAGGAAGUGAUGCGUACUCACACACGUAUGUUUGAAAGUUGGAUUUCCCCACAUCAGUCAGUGUAGCGAAGAAUUCAUGUGUCGUUUAAUAAUGGGAUACAUGUCAACAUCUGAUCCGUCUGCGGUGCUUUGCUGAACAUCUAAAUCUGAGUUCAGCGGGUCAACCAGUCGCAUUUGUGUAUCAGCCUUUAUCCUCAUCAUGUCGGAUAUGAGUGACAACACUUUGAACAUAAAUUUAUUGAAAGAAUCUGUUCUGAAGAGGCUCUGUGAGUCUCUUGACAAGGCCAACAAUAAGGGUUGGCGAAAACUGGGGGAGAUUGUGAAAAGUGACAAGCGAUUCAAAGUGAGUCUCGAUGAUAUGGACAUGUGUUCUCUGAAGGCUUUGGAGGUGGAUGGAAGUCCUUCCCGCAGUCUGCUCAAACUCAUUGGAGAUCAAGGAUGCAUGGUGGGUGAACUGGCGGAGUAUCUACAGAUCAUGGGUCAUACGGAUGCUCUGCAGUGCCUGAAACCUCCAGGAAUUCAAAUCCUCGUCCAGCCACAGUCAGUGUCUGUCAUUGCUGGACACAACCUUCGUCUCAGUUGUUAUGCUGUUGGUGCUUCACAUGUGCAGUUCCAGUGGUUUAAGAAAACGGAAGAGGUACAUAACAGCUCCUCCCCAGACCUGGUCUUCAGUCCAGUCCGGCUCAAAGAUGCAGGUUUUUACAUCUGUCGGGUGAACUGUGGGAAUACAUACGAGUUUAGUCAAUGGGCCCAAGUAGACGUUCUCGAUGUUCCACCAAGAUAUGGAUUAGUGUCUCUGGCUUCUGAGGGCAGGCCAAGGGUGCUGAUCCAGCCUCAACCUCAGAGGCUGCUAGUGGGAGAUCUACUCUAUCUGGAGUGUGGAGCUAUUGGAAGACCCCUACCGCAAUAUCAAUGGUACAGAAAUGGAGUGCCAAUCAAAAAGGCCACUAAGAGGAAGUACACUGUCAAGAAUUUGUUGUCAGAGCAUCAGGGAAGAUAUCGCUGCGAGAUCUUCUGCAAUAAUGAACGAACAUGGAGCAAUGAAGUGGAUAUUGUUGUUAUAGAAAAUCCUAGCCACUCUCAAAUGAAAGAGCCAAGAAUAUCUCAUCAAAUGUCAGGAGCAAUGGAGUGCUCUGAAGAUGAUUUUUUCACUAUUGAUAGGGAUUACAGUUUUGAGAAACCGUAUGCUACAGACAAAGUGGCUCUUCUGAUUGGUAACCUCACAUAUCGAAACCACCCACAGCUGAAAGCACCCAUGGUUGAUGUGUAUGACCUCACCAAUCUGCUGCGGCAGCUGAACUUUAAAGUGGUAUCUCUGUUGGAUCUAACCGAGUCAGAGAUGAGGAAUGCCGUGGAGGAGUUCUUGUCUCUGCUUCAUAAGGGAGUUUAUGGAUUGUUGUAUUAUGCUGGACAUGGUUAUGAGAACUUUGGGAACAGCUUCAUGGUGCCUGUUGAUGCCCCAAACCCAUACCGCUCAGGCAACUGUCUGUGUGUUCAGAGCAUUCUGAAACUGAUGCAGGAGAAGGAGACUGGACUCAACGUCUUCCUCCUGGACAUGUGCAGGAAAAGAAAUGUACAUGACGAUGCCAUGCCAAACGUUAUGCUCAAAGUUACAGCCAAUAUUGUGUUUGGAUAUGCCACUUGCCAAGAUGCUGAGGCUUUUGAACUGAGUUCAAGUGGAUUCACCAAUGGAGUCUUUAUUAAAUUCCUGAAGGAGCGCCUCCUAGAGGAUGAGAAGAUCACUGUUCUGCUAGACAGAGUGGCUGAAGAUAUGGGUCAGUUUGACCCCACAAAGGGUAAACAGGCUCUAGAGAUCCGCAGCAGUCUGUCAGAGAGACGGUCCCUCACCGAUCCCAUCCGCCCCGUGGACUACUCAGAUGCAGCCGAAGCACACAACCUGCUCUGGUCUAAAGCACAUGAACUGCCCGAGAGUAAAAUUCUGGACUUCGAGUGUGGAGUUCAGAUAAAAAUGGACUUUGCUGCUGAGUUUUCCAAUGUACUGGUCAUCUACACCAGUAUUGUGAAAAAGCCAGAGGAGAUGCUGUCGUGUCAGGCACACAUAACUAACCUCCCUUUGGACCUGGAUGUGGACCCUAAGCUGAUGAAUAAGGAAACUCUGGAGGAAACAGGAAGCUUUUACUUUCGCAGUCUUCCUCAGCACUGCCUCUACACCAGACUCAGCUCACUGCAGAAACUCAAGGAGGAACUAGCUUUCACUGUCUGCCUACAAGUCCAGUUUAACUCGCUCGAUGAGCUGGUCCAGUGGAACAUGGAUGUUAACAUCGGCAAGCCCCUCACCGCCAAAUUAGACCUCAACCGUCCCACCAGGAAGAACAGCUGUCAGCUGACGUGUCACAUGCCGCACAGCCCCUCGACCAGCCCCAGCCACAGCCCCGCAUCUGACCGCCGCUUCCACAGCCAUGGCCCCUGCUUCCCCCAGCAGUACGGCAACCCCUACCUCAAUGUCUGUGAGCCUCUCCACGGAGCUGUAGGGGGCUAUGGAGACUUUCGAUUGUGCGGUGACCAUGCAUAUCAAUACGAGAACAUACCAUGCUCACCCUUCCUGAACCCACCGAGCAUUCCCAUUGAGACCACAGAUGACAUUGACGACAUGCAGAAUGAGUUCAUGAAUAGUUUGCAACUCUAUAACCAUCCCUGAGUGAGUACAGUGUUAAACAGAUGGUCAAAAUGAUACUGCAUCCAAAAAUGGAAAUUCUCUCAUCAUUUACUCUGAAUAUAACAGUAAUCCAUGUGACCACAGUUACAUGCAGGAAACUCAUUAGAUCGUGACUUCUCGCACAAGCUUCAGAGUGCUUUUUUUUAAUCACCAAAAACCCUAAACAGUCUCAAUUAUCAAGCUGUUUUGAUUUUCUGAGCAGCAUAAUGUCAUACUGCUCAGGCGCCACCAAAUAAAAAAAAAAUGGAAAAAGGGCGUGGAGUGAGCAGUAGCUCAUUAUCAUUUAAAGAGACAUGCACCGAAACAGGUCACUGUGAACAGAGCUGUUUUUGACAAGGUAAAAAGGUGUUGUUUAACAUGACCAUUGAGGAAUUUUAACCAAAGUAUGUUGCAGACAUUUCAUGAAGACCCUAAAGAAUCAUUCAAACUUGUGGAAACUGGGCAUCCGAUGUCCCAUUUUAAAAAAUGUAUAAAAAUUUGUAUUUUUCUCUCACACACAUAUUGUUUCACUUCAAAGAACAUUAAUUCAUUAACUGGGGUCACAUGGAUUACUGUCAUGUUUGCUUUUUUAAGUGUUGACUUUGUCAAAAGCUGUCAAAAAAAAAGUCAUAUACAUGUUGGACGGCAUUAGAAUGAAUAAAUGAUGAGAAAAUGUUCAUUUUAGGUGGAGUACCCCUUUAAGGACUGGGAUUAGUAGAAGUUAAAUUAGUUUAAGGUCAAGAGUGUCAUUUUUCAAUGUUUAAAUACAGUCUACAGAUUAAUGUCCAGUCUAUAAAUUAGGGGUGGGAAUCUUUCAGUACCUCACGAUUAGAUUCAAAUCGAUUCUUGGGGUCACGAUUCGAUUAAAAAUAGAUUCACGAUUUUUCGAUUUUCAUUCACAAUUAACAAUUUUUUGUGCAUACUGGUCAUCAAAUGCACCAGCAUUUUAAUACAAAAAGUACACCAUUCUAUAGUAUGGGUAGUUCAGACUUGAAAUCAGUUUCCUAUUAACUAUUAAUUUCUUAAUUAAUCAAACAUUUUACACUUCCCAUUAGGGAUGUGUCUGAAUCCAAUCAUACCCUGUUCAGAAAGGACCUGACUUGUACUAAAAAACCCCUAAAUAUUAGAUGGGUGGAAAAAAGAUGUUUCAAUGCUUUCUCUCGCAAUUAUAUUGUCGGGUAAUUAUACUAUAUAUAAAUUGCGGCCAUCAGGGAGCCGUUAUUAAUAUACGGAGCAUUAAAUGUGUAUUUGCGUUUUACUUUCACUUCUCGAGAUUCACGAUCACAUGGAACGGCAGUAGUCCUACUUACCACAUAUUUUACAAGAUUAGAUGUUUGUCAGUGGUGCUCAGGAUUAGCAAAUCAUUCGCCAUCGUCCUAUCAGUCAUCUCUCCUUACUCGUAUGUCGUAAAUGAAAUAUAAAUCAUGGGCUGUGUUCGAAAUGCCAUAUUAUCAUACUACUCUUACUAUUUCUGCAGUACCCAGUAUGUACAGGGGUUGGACAAUGAAACUGAAACACUGGACAAUAUAGUGUUGGAGGUUUCAUGGCUAUAUUUAUGCAGCCUGGUGGCCAGUCUUUACUGAUCGCACAUUCCACCAAUAAGAGCAGAGUGUGAAGGUUGACUAUGUGCACCCAAUAGCUCAAACAUUGUACCCUGAAGGUGGUGCCGUGUAUUAGGAUGAUAAUGCACCAAUACACACAGCAAGACUGGUGACAAGAGUGAUUUGAUGAACAUGAAAGUAAAGUUAAACAUCUCCCAUGGCCUGCACAGUCACCAGAUCGGAAUAUUAUUGAGCCACUUUGAGGUGUUUUGGAGGAGUGAGUCAGGAAAUGUUUUCAUACACCAACAUCACAUAGUGACCUGGCCACUGUUCUGCGAAAGGAAUGGCUCAAAAUCCUUCUGGCUACUGUGCAGGACUUGUAUUUGUCAUUCCCAAGAUGAAAUAAUGCUGUAUUGGCUGCAAAAGGAGGCCAAACACCAUACUAAUUGUGGUCUAAACCCAGGUGUUUCAGUUUCACUGUCCAACCCCUGUAUACUGUGCAUAGUAUGCAAAUUUUCUGUAUGCAUGGAAUACCCGGAUGACCUACUAUAUUUGCCAGAAUCUGCUAAAUAUAACUCAAGUACACUGAAAUCAGUAUAGAAGCUGUGUUCGGAAUGGCAUACUACCAUACUACAACUACUAUAUUACAGUGUGCUGUGUGUAUACUGUGAAUAGUAAGUGAAUUUUCUGUAUGCAUGGAAUGCCCAGAUUACAUCUGCUGAAAUUUGAUGUAUGCAUCUGAAAACACUGCAUGGGAUACUGUUUCCCAGAAUGCAAUGCGUUCCAUGUGACGUUUAAUCUUCAAAUGCAUUUGUAAACUGGAGACGGGGAAUAGUAAUUAUAAAUGUAACACAUGUACAUAUAUACAUAUUCAUAUAAACUAUAAACUGUCACUGUGUAUCUAAAAACAAUAUCAUUAGUAGGACAUAAAUAGUACUUUAAUCUCUACGGCACGUUUCCGAUCGAGUAAAAUGAUGUCAACUUUCACUCAUUAGUGCUUUAUACAGUACUGAUUGUUUCAAAGAUACUAAAUAAGAAUAAUAUUGCAGUAAUAUAAUAUAUAAAUAAAAAUAAUAUUUCAAUUAUGCAAACAGAAUUGAAUUCUGCUGUAAAGCAGCUCUAAAAAGAAACAGAGUAUAUUUAUUCUAAAGACAAAUAGACCAAUUUGUUGGCAGAGGCUGUUUACAAUAACUCCGCCCACCAAUGCCUUGCUGCGAUAAACAGCACUGCAAAAGACACGUGAUUUUCUGCAGUAUUAAUGGCACAGUGGGUAAAAGACCUGAGACGAGCGCUUUUGACGCGAUUGACCCGUGCCUUCAUCUAAUAAAAUAUAUAUAAUAAUUUACGCUCAAUAUCGCAUAUUUUUUACUAGUAUGAAGCCUUAUUAACAAGCUUUUGUAAAAAGUACUGUUAGCACAUUUUUGCAAGGUGACAACCUCGACAGCUGUGCUGAAUUAAUGGCCACGUUCACACGGUCAGCUUUUGGGAUUGACAACUGCAUUACUUACAGGUGUGAGUCUCAAAAUGUCCCGUUCACACAGCAGCUUACAGUCACUUUUCGAAUAGUGUGUCUGUAUGAACGUGCAACAGGAGUUAAGCCCGUAUUCCUUACGAGUAACCAUAGCAACAAAGACCAAAGCAAUAUCAAAGAUGGCGACGUCCGUAAAACUGAAAGUUUUAUCACUUUCUGACACGACAAGAGUCCAAUCGAGCCGCGAGUUCAUCAUAAACCGACAGCAGGUUUUAAAUUUGAGUGGAGGGCAGAGCAUUUGAGGUACGCGCAGAACACAAAACUGACGGGAGGGAGCAGCUCUGGUGGAGACUGGAUGUAAAACUUUCAGAUGACACACACUGUAAGUUACCAAAACCACACAUGAAAGCACGCAGCACAUGGCAGAGCGGCUCUCCCACACUGAAUAACGUGACAGACAACUAGUUGUCCUGUCCUGUUCCGUUCACACUGCGCGUGUGUUCCAAGAAUGCGGUUGUGAGUCCUGAAAAUGUACAGGUGUGAGUUCGGUUACCCGUAAAUUUAUUCAGGACUCACAACCGCAUUCGUGGAACACACGCGGUGUGUGAACGUAACCAUAUAAAAGUAAAACUUUACUUCAGGUGAUAUCCAUUGACUCGCCUUCGUGGUUUAAAAUCAGAAAUAUUUCCAAUAUAGCGACGUAACUGCAAACCCCCAUGCGUAUGUAUCUUAAAUGCGGUGAGACAUGAAAGAGGAAUCAACUGGGUAUGCUGCGCUGUCUGAAACACGUCUCUUAGUUUGUGUACGCUUUGGGUGUGUGCAAAAACAGAGCGUAAGUAACGAAUUGAGUUCUGUUUCUGCGAUCCGUUUAAGCCCUAAUAGAUUAUAUGACAGAUCAGAGCAAUCUUUUAUUUACUAAUUUAACAUGAAAUCAUCAAAUUGUUACUCCAUAUCAAUGGCAUACAACGAAAGAACAGAAUAAUUAGAACAAUCAUUUACGCACAAUAAAUAACAGAGCAUUAUAUCUAUACAAAUUUUCCCCAGAACGUUCUCACGACGGUAGAAAUUCUUCCACGGCCCGGUAGUGGGUCGCGACCCGGUGGUUGGGGACCUCUGCUCUAAUGUAACAGCCACCGCCACACUGUAAAAAACAAUCUGUUGAGUCAACUUAAAAUAAUUUGUAACCUGGCUGCCUUAAAAUUUUAAGUUCAGUCAACUGAAAAAAAGUUUAUUCAACUUGGAAUGUUAAAUUAUACUAAGUGACAACUUAGAUAUUUGAGUUGAAUCAACUUAAAAUUUUAAGGCAGCUGGGUUACUUACCCAAUUUAGCAAACACAAAUAUCUAAGUUGUGACUUAGUGCAACUUAACAUUUCAAGUUGACUAAACGUAUAUUAGUUUACUGAACUUAAAAUUUUAAGUCAGCCGAGUAACAAAUUAUUUUAAGAUGACUCAACAAAUUGUGUUUUUUAUUUUUUACAGUGUAUAGAAUUGUAUAGAAUAAUGAGUAGUGAAUUGUUUCAUAUAUGUGACCCUGGACCACAAAACCAGUCAUAAGUAGCAAUAGCCAACAAUACAAAAUUAUUUGUCAAAAUUAUUGAUUUUUCUUUUAUGCCAAAAAUCAUCUUUAAUAUAUUAAGUAAAGAUCAUGUUACAUGAAGAUAUUUUGUAAAUUUCCUAUUGUAAAUAUAUCAAAAUUAAUUUUUUGGUUAGUAAUAUGCAUUGCUAAGAACUUCAUUUGGACAACUUUAAUUUGAUUGACUGGUUUUGUGGACCUGGGUCACAUUAUGAUUAUUGCUUAAAUUUUAAUUAAUUAAUUUUACUUUUUCUUUAUGUGGCAAGGUUAAUUCAGCCUGUCCAGUUGAAUAACCAAGUAAAUUUCACAAUAUUAAAAAAUAAAUAAAUAAAAAUACUAAAUAUGCAUAUUUAAAUGUUCCCAUUUAUAGCAAGUUCAGCAAGUUGCUAACCGUGUCCCUUUAGUGGCUCCGUAGUAGAUUUUCUGUGCCUUUCCGUAUACAGAUUCACUAUUUGGGCACAUCCCUUCUUCCCAUAAUAACAAAAGAUCAAUAUUAAUAUUAAAUAUAAAUAUAAUAUUUGAUCCAAACUCUUGCCCUCAGUGAAAAUGGGGCAGGAUGUAAUUGUUUCUCCUCCUCCAUUGCCGUUGUUUUGUUCCGACAACAUCAUGCUAUUAUUAUUAUUAUUAUUAUAAAAUAGUUUAUUAACAUUUGUGAAUCAAUGCGAAUCGCUAGAAAACUGAAUCACGCUUCUUUUAUGAAUCGUUUUUUUUUCACCCACCCCUACUAUAAAUCAGCUAGUAAUUCUUUCAUGAAUUGAUCACAUGGUAGCGGUGCAAAAAUGAAUCUUGCCAAGUAAUUAUGCGCAGUUUCUAACAGGUUUUAGUUUUUAGUCUCAACUAACGGCACUUUCAAAAUAUUUUAGCGUAAAGAAAAUACUGUUACACUGUGUCUGUGAGUCAUUUUAAAUUAUCGUUCAUGUUAAAAAUCCUGUCACCACAUUCUCAUCUCUUUUUCAUAUGAAAUUUAAACAGAUAUUUAGAAAAAUAACCUUUAUUUUUAAAUAAAAAGUGCAUGCAUUAAAUGUCAUGAUUAUCUUUUAGCAUGAUAUUGGUCAUAACUCUGAUUUUGUAAUUUAAGAUUACUCAAUGAGAAGGUCAAUCACAAAAACAAGGAACAAAAUAAAAACAAAUAAUUGAUUAACAAGAAAAACAAGAAACCAAAUGAAGGAACUGUUGAAGUGUAAUCAGUAUUUCUCAAGAAAUGGAAACUAUUAAUGGUUUCACUGCUUAAGCAAAUGUGUUAUCAAGGUUAGACAACUAGAUAGCUUUAACUUCCUCUACACGUUACAUGACCGUGCACUUCUCCUCAGCCUUGGAUUUCAUCUCUACAAAUGUGGCUUGAGCCUUUUCUUUGAGCUGCUCCAUAUCCAUGUUCUGAAGGUUCUGCAUUUGACCCAUGAUGGACUCCUUUUCCUCCUCCUGGGGCUCUUCUCCGUCCACCAUCUUGAUCAGUUCUUCUGGCACAUCAAUGUCGUCUCCGGCCUGCUGAAUCAUGAUUUCAUCCUGUUCACUCUGGGAAAAACAAACAGCACGUCAGUCGAAGCUUAUAGUUAAAUCUUAUAGCACUUCUUUGCUCAUAUAUGUCAGCAUUAUAUACUCCGAACUCAUAGUUUGCAGACAUGCCUCAAGCAUGAAUUUUAUAGAUAAAACCGAGCAUGAGGUGAUAUUAUGCAUUUUAACUCUUUUAAUAAAUGGUCACAUUGUCUCUCUCAAGAUACUGAUUUAAUACUUAUUUAUUUUUAAAUAGAAGUUUUAUUUUAUAAUACUGUUUCUUUUUAAAAUUAUUAAAAUGUUAAUUAGAACAAUGCAAAAAAUGUAUUUUUAUUUUGUAGGGAUACUGGCCGUACCUGAGACUCUUCUUUAUUUAGUUUAGCAAGCUAGUUUUCUUUGAAAUAAAGGAAAAGUAAAUGUAUUGAUUAUUACAAUGGCUGCAUUUUUUAUGAUUUUAGUUAAUUAUAUUAAUUAUUAAUUACAUGUAUUUUAUGUAUGUAUUAUUAAUAGUUUCUUUACAAAUUCAAAGAGAAUUUGAUAUAAUCAGAGAAUAGAAUAAUUACUCAUUUGCAAUUUUGUGAAGGCCUUGUAGUGUGGAAUAAAACAAUG